UCUUUUUUUAGUGGCAUCAUGGCGGAACAGACUGAGAGGGCCUAUCAAAAGCAGGCACCAAUUUUUCAAAAUAAGAAACGUGUCUUGGGUCAACCUGGCAAGAAGAAGGAACUUCGAUAUGUGAGGAAUGUUGGUCUGGGAUUCAAAACUCCCAAAGACGCCAUUGAGGGAACUUACAUUGACAAGAAGUGCCCCUUUACAGGAAAUGUAAGCAUCCGAGGUCGUAUUCUGACGGGUAUUGUUGCGAGCCAGAAAAUGAAGCGCACAAUUGUCAUCAGACGUGAUUAUCUGCAUCACAUCAAAAAGUACAACCGAUUUGAGAAACGUCACAAGAAUCUUUCAGCCCAUUUAUCACCUUGCUUCAGGGACGUCAACCUCGGUGAUGUGGUCACUGUUGGUCAGUGCCGUCCACUCAGUAAGACAGUACGUUUCAAUGUACUGAAGGUCAGCAAAGGAAAAACAAGCAAGGACAAGAAACAAUUUGAGAAAUUCUAAAUGUAUGUUCCUUCUGCUAAUAAAGUAUUCUGAUAAAAACUGA